UGCACAGCCUCCCUCAUGGCUCCACCCUUCUCCAGUUAGGGAGCAUCUCCACACUCCAGAGACCAAGGCUCCUGGUGUGCCCAUAGCCCAGGCAGCAUCCAGCUGGCAGGCAGCUCCCACAAGACCCUGAGCCUACAGAGGACAUGUCCGACUAUGAGAAUGACGACCAGUGCUGGAGUGCCCUGGAGAGCUUCCGGGUGAAACUCAUCUCCGUCAUUGACCCUUCACGGAUCACACCCUACCUGCGCCAGUGCAAAGUCCUGAACCCUGAUGAUGAGGAGCAGGUGCUCAGUGACCCCAACCUGGUCAUCCGCAAGCGGAAAGUGGGUGUGCUCCUGGACAUCCUGCAGCGGACAGGCCACAAGGGCUAUGUAGCCUUCCUUGAGAGUCUGGAACUCUACUACCCUCAGUUAUACAGGAAAGUUACUGGCAAGGAGCCAGCACGUGUCUUCUCCAUGAUCAUUGAUGCUUCAGGGGAGUCGGGCCUGACGCAGCUGCUGAUGACAGAGGUCAUGAAGCUACAGAAGAAGGUUCAGGACCUGACAGCCCUUCUGAGCUCCAGGGAUGACUUCAUCAAGGAGCUGAGGGUAAAGGACAGCCUACUGCGCAAGCACCAGGAGCGGGUACAGCGGCUCAAGGAAGAGUGUGAGCUGAGCAGCACGGAGCUGAAGCGCUACAAGGAUGAGAAUUAUGACCUGGCCAUGCGCCUGGCACGUCUCAGUGAAGAGAAAGGCACAGCACUCAUGCGGAACCGUGACCUGCAGCUUGAGGUGGACCAGCUCAAGCACAGCCUCAUGAAGGCUGAGGAUGACUGCAAGGUGGAGCGCAAACACACACUGAAGCUCAGGCACGCCAUGGAGCAACGGCCUAGCCAGGAGCUGCUGUGGGAGCUGCAGCAGGAAAAGGACUUGCUGCAGGCCCGGGUGCAAGAGCUGGAGGUCUCUGCGCAGGAGGGUAAGCUAGACAGAAAUAGCCCAUACAUUCAAGUGCUGGAGGAAGACUGGCGUCAGGCACUCCAAGAACACCAGGAGCAGGCCAGUACCAUCUUUUCCCUACGCAAGGACCUCCGCCAGGCUGAGACCCUCCGGACCCGGUGCAUGGAGGAAAAGGAGAUGUCUGAGCUGCAGUGCCUGGCCUUGCGCAAGGAUGCCAAGAUGUACAAGGACCGUAUCGAGGCUAUCUUGCAGCAGAUGGAGGAGGUCUCCAUUGAGCGGGACCAGGCUAUGGCCUCAAGGGAAGCACUGCAUGCACAGUGUGCGCAAAGCUUUCAGGACAAAGAUAAGCUUCGAAAGCAGGUUCGAGAACUGGGUGAGAAGGCAGAUGAGCUGCAGUUGCAGCUGUUCCAGACUGAGGGCCGAUUACUGGCCACUGAGGGCAGACUCAAGCAGCAGCAAUUGGACAUGCUCAUCCUGAGCUCUGACUUGGAGGAUGGUUCACCCAGGAACUCCCAGGAGCUCUCACUGCCUCAGGACCUGGAGGAGGAUGCCCAGCUCUCAGACAAAGGUGUCCUGGCAGACAGGGAGAGCCCAGAGCAGCCCUUCCUGGCUCUGAACAAGGAGCAUCUUUCACAGACCCAUGGCACGAGACCCAGCAGCAGCGAGCCUCCGGAGAAGGAGCGGCGGCGCCUCAAGGAGAGCUUCGAGAACUACCGCAGGAAGCGGGCGCUCCGCAAGAUUCAGAACAGCUGGCGGCAGGGAGAAGGGGAUCGCGAGAAUACGACAGGCAGCGACAACACCGACACCGAGGGCUCCUAGAGGACCACCCCGAGGCUGAGCAUCUGUGUAACUGUGAGGGGAUGCUGAGGUUUUGUUUUUUGUUUUUUGUUUUUUUACUGUACGCUACACAUGCGUUGUACAAGUAUUAGAAAAAUGCAGCUAAAUAAAAUGACCACCGAGCUGA